GAUGUGUCAAAGCUCAGAAAAAAACAUUUUCACUUCCCUCCUCAUUAGAAAUAAAUGAGCUCCCCUUGGUCUCUGUUUCUUACAAACAGAGCAAUCACAAUGGACACGGCAAUUUCUCUCCUUGUUCUUUCAAUGCUAGUGCAACAUGUAGUCCCUGAGGUUCCUACUGUGACUUCAUUCAGAGCUGUAGUGGAGAAAGUUUCAGGGGACUCAAGGAUCUUUUCUGGAGAGAGUGUCCGUCUGAGAUGCAGCAUCCCUGAUAUCCACAGUUCCCGCUGGAAUUACCAGUGGUUUAAGGGAUCUGAGCGGCUACCGCAGUCUGAGGAGGUCUUCAUUCUGUGGAAAGCCAGGGUUACUGACAGUGGGAAAUUUUAUUGCCAGGGAUCAAGGGACACAGCAGUGGGAAACAUAUACACCCUCGAAAGUCUCCCUGUGGAGAUCAAUGUAGAUGGAGGAUGGGCUAUCCUGCAAGUCCCACCUCAUCCUGCCCUUGUCGGAGACUCCUUACAGGUCACAUGUCGUGUCCGAGGCAACCCCCCACUUCAUGAGGUGAUUCUGUACAAAGAUGGUGUUGAAGUUAUGACACAAAAGGAUGGUAACCCACAUUUUCACCUGGACAACUUGACCCUCAAGGAAAAAGGAAUGUAUUCUUGUCGGGCCUCCUGGGAUACAGACAGACGUACCCGUUCUGUAAUUUCAGUUGAUGCUCCAGUGCAGGUCGUAGAGGUUCUGUCGCAGCCGGUUUUGGAGAUUGUUGCAGACAAUAACCUGGUUUCAGCAAAGAUGAUGAAACUCAUCUGUCAUGUCCAAUACAACGCCCGUGCUCCUGCCCCUCCAAUAAACUACUAUUUCUACAAGAAUAACAACCGACUGGGGACAGCAACAUCUGAGAACCACGAUCUGGUCAGACGGACUCCAGGCUGGUACAGCUGCAGGGCCAAGGUGCCUCAGCUGGACCUCUCCAGGUUUAGUGAGUCCAAAAGCUUUGGACGAGUGCCAGGACCACAGCCGACGAUGCCUACAGUUGUUCAUCGACGAAACCUACAGCCUUUAGUUCCCUCAGUCUCAUCCCCAGGCCUCUACUUUCCUCCUGCAGCUGAGCCAACACCAGCCCAGCCCUCCCCUCAACAACCCACUGCAGCUCCUACUUUUAUUCAGCCCACUGAAGCACGCACUGAAUCCUCAGUUCCUCCACCUUCACAGCCACCUCCAGGUGCUCUGCCAUCUCUAGUCCAGUCUGUUAACCAAACAGCUACCCCUAACCCUAAGGCUUUAUUUGAGGAAACUGAUGAUAUGUCUGGAGACUCUGGUGACAUGCCAGAGGAAUCUGGUGACAUGCCUACAAAUUCCUCAAGCGCUGUCAUAUACUGACAAGUUAUCAUACAUAACAGACUGCUAGUAGUAACAUGUGACUUCCACAUCUCUAACUAUCUGAUAUUAAUCAAUACUGGGCUAUUGUACUGCCAUUGCACAUGUUUUAUAUGAUUUCAUUGUGUAAUAUUAAUUUGACAGAUUACCAAGUAUCAACUUUGUGAUCUCACCUGUAGGAAAUUAACUGGAUCAGUAGUGCUGUUUAUAGAAACUAAUGCCAUAUUGGUUAAAGCAAAUAAAGCAGUCCAUAAAUGA